AUGAGAACAGGGCUUCGAUGCGAAUUUACAGGGACUGCCAAAAAACGUGGCCCUCGAAAUGGUACAGUCGAGGUGAUCAAAAGUCCGGCAAGGAGAAUCGAAAAUGUUUUAAAAAAGGAUCCAAGCCUUAAGGAUGCGAUUGAUAAUCUACUUGCCAAAAAUAAUUUUCGUUCAACAGUUAGUUUGGCAAGGCCACCAUCAAUUAUUCCUUCCGAUGCACCUAUAGUGAUAAUAGAUGAUGAUACAGGAAUUACCACUGAUGCUUCCCAAUCACACGGUAUUCCACGUCCAUUGAUCAUAAAUAAUGGUUCUGGAAAUUUUUCUCGACAAAGAAGACAUGUCACAAACGUUUAUCCACGAGACGGUUCUACACAGGAAUUUGAAACAACCAACCAAUCACCAGUUUUGAGGCGACCAGUUCCAUUAUAUCCUCAAAUUCCAAGAAAUGAACAUCACUUCUAUCCAUACGCGCGACGAUCAAAUUCCUCAAAUACGGAAAUUAUUCCAUCACUUACACUUCCGUCAAUUUCAAGUUUCGGAGCAAUCUUUCCCGAAAAUUCAUCGAUCCACGGAUCAUCACCCGGAAUUAUGUCCGAAGCCUUACCUCCUUUAACGGAAACGUUAACCUUACCAUCUCCAUGGACAGGAUUACCUAGAAAAUCUAUGUCAAUGUCUUUCGGUUCAACCGGAAAGCAGGUUUUACUCCCUCCUGCACCCGAUGUAGGCAAUCCAUUAAAUCCAAAAUCGACAUCACAUGAUUUUAAACCAUUAGAAAUAGUAAAAGAUGAUAAUCAUGUUGAUAAAAAAUUUAAAUUUAACACAAAUAAUUUACCUUCACCACCUACGACUAAUUUAUUAUCACCCAAAUUGACUGCUUCAUUAUUAUCUCCUUUAUCAUCGCCAAAAAGUUAUCCAACAGAUUUUUAUAGAUCAAUUCAACCUAAAAUCGAUCUUUUAUCUCAACCUGUUUCAUGGUGCAACAAUAAUGAUAUGGAUUUUAGUCCAUAUAGAAUAUAA